AGGUAUCCAAAUUGUUAACUACAGGUAUUUUUUAAGCAACGAUAACUAUCGGUAUUAACAGUGCAUUGAUGUGUAUGUUAAUGUCACUGUUAAGAAAGUGUUAUCGGGUGUUCGGGAAGAAAAAAACAAAAAGAGCAACCGAAUACGAGACGAAAAACAAAACGAAAAUAAAUAUAAAAAAUUGUGAUAGCAUCAUGUACCAAGAAUAUCUCAAUCAAUUGCAAUCAUCACUGUUUCCCAUGAGCUCUGAGCAGCUCAAGGAACUGCUCAACAAUGACGACAAACUGGACGACAAAGUCGACGAAGUUUUGGAGUCGCUGAAAACACAAAAGGUGCGCGUAUUUGAGGAGAAUCGCAACAGAGCCGAAAAGAACAUUGAAAAAGAGCCACAAAUCAUCGAAUUGCGCAGCAAAUUGGCCGAAUUAACCGAGGAAGGACGAAAUAGUUGUGCUGCCGUCCAAGAUUUGCUGACACAGAUCCAGGCCAAGUCCGGCGGAGCUAACCAGGAGACGGCAUUGGCACUGCUGCAAACGAAUGCGUCGGAGAGCGAGGAGAAGACCGAGGAGUGCGUGAAAAAGUUUACAGACAACGAGAUCAAUGUGGACACAUUUCUUGACGAGUUUCUCAGCAGUCGCCGCACAAUGCAUCUCCGCAAAUUGAAGGCCGAGAAAAUGCAGGAACUGAUACGUAAACAAUCCUCUGCUGCGUCACAGCGUCACAGCAAUAUUCCAGCCUAUGGGAAUCUGCCUGGAACGGGGGGCAGUGGCUUCUAUCAGUCUGGAAAUGUACCCUAUCCGAUGAUGGGUCCAAUGAUGCCAAUGCCACCGCCAUCGCGACCCUAUUGAGUACCCUAUUUGUAUUAGUAGAGUAUAGAGAUGCUGCCAUAGCGAUCGUCACGUCAAGUAUGACUCAUCAAGUGCUUUGUUUAUAUUGCUUUUUUUAAGAGAGAGAAUUUAAUAUCACCUUGGCAAGAAAAAAACAAAAACAAAUAAAUUGCAAACGUUAUUUGAGUUAAAAA